AUGCACAGUGGAGACUCCUAUACUUCGACAGGAUUCAACGCGUCACUAGAAGCACCAUCAAUCCAAAACCCGAUGGGAAAUCCUGCCUUGGGGCAUUACCUGACGAGAACCGGUGAGAAAACAGCAACUGAUGGUAUAAACUGGCUCGGUCACACCGUGACGGAAUUCAAUCAAAGUAGCAUUCUAAGCUACAAGUUUGCAGCUUAUGGGGCUACUGUGGAUAACUCCAUUAUCCCUGCCGUGCCAAAGGAUCUUCAUUACUGUAAGGAGAAUGCGGUAUGGAUCACGACCUCGUCUAUCUUCGGCAUCUGGGUAGGGAUUAACGACGUCUACAUUAGCCCAGAAUUUGAUGACUCGCUUGCUAAAAUUUCCUCAACUAUACAGAGCUACACUUCGCUGCUGAAUGACCUCUACCUCUGUGGAGCAAGAAGAUUCUUUGUGAUGAAUGUGCCUCCAAUCUCACGGACCCCUGCAAUGCUUAGCAACCCAGUACAACAUCAAGUCGCUGUUGAUCAAGGAACCCUUAACUUCAAUUUUCAGCUUGAACUGAUGGUAGCGCUAUGGAGUAACCACCACACCAAAGUAAGUAUCACCAUAAACCUUGAUCCUUGA